UGUGGUUGAAUGUUUGACAGCGUCAAAAAAAAAAGCUUGUAGGUAUUGCAAGAAUUCAGUAUUUUAUCAAAAAUUAAAACUUAUUAGAAUUUUAUGGAUAUAAUUUCAACAAAUCCAAUAAAAAUUUACUAUUUCCCAGUUGUUGAUAAAGGCAUAUUUCCAUUCUGGAUUCCCAAAAGAGGACUUAUUUAGACAUCUACAAGAUGGAUUUGGCGGAGACGAUGAAAAAUGUGUUAGCGAAGAGUUCGGGGAGCGGGAGCGGCGCGGCGAGUGGGUCGAGCGCAUCGGGCCCGCAUGGCGCCGAGGGCUAUGUGACGGAGAAGCUCUACAUGCUGCUGCAGCUGUACCUGCAGAACAAGGGCUGGAGCCCCAGCAUAGAGCUGCUGCAGUGCUUCAGCGACCUCAAAGAAUCCUCUAUGCUACCCAGCGCUGCUUAUUUACAAAUGAUGGCAUCAAGAGUGGGCUUAGAUGGGCAAGGUAGACUGAUAUAUCGUGAAAAUGGAAAAAUAAUUCUCCCAUAUGAACACUUUGCUAAUGCUGUCAUGCUCAAACACAUGAAUGGACCACAUGGACUGCAUCUUGGCUUAGAAGCAACAGUCAGAGCAGUAGUGGAGUCAUAUACUAUAGGCAGAGAUCAAUUUGGAAUGGAGAAAGAGUUCAUAUUGGAAGUAGUUCAAAACUGUCCGAAUCCAGCUUGUCGUUACUACAAAAAUCAAUUAGAGAUGACACAGAAGUCCAUUCAACAGCAUUUAUCCCAACAGCCCACAUAUAUUCCAGAAGCGGGAGGCGGCGCACUGCCUGACAGUGCAGCAGUGGAGCGGCUGCUGCGCGGCGCCGCCCUGCCGCAGGACUACCAGCUGCCGCUCGCACCUCACCUCGCUGCCCUCACAAACUUAGCGGGUGAGAAGUCAGAGCGCCGCGCCGAGAAGCUGUCACAGCAGAUGCUGAUGCAGAACCGGUCGCUGGCGCACCAGGCGCCCGCGGACAAGUACUCGCACCAGACGCGCUCCUCCUCGCACUCCAGCCUCGACUCCAAGUCCAAGCACCACUACACCGACGAGCACAAGCUUACUGACUUCUUGAGGGCUAACCUGGAGAGCCUGGAGUCUCUGUCGGGCGGCGGCAGCGCGCACAGCGAGCGCGCGGGCGGCGGCGCGGCGGCGGCGGCGGGGGGCGCGGGCGGCGCGGGCGGCCAGGAGCGUGUGGUGCGCGCGUUCGCGGAGCUGGCGCGCAACCUGCAGCGGAUGCGGCCCUGCGUGCGCCCCGCCAUGUGCAAGCCCUACGGCAAGCAGAGCGAGCAGCUGCAGAAGAUUCUGUUGGACACAAUCCAGCUCGUGCAGUCGCUGCGCAGCUACCUGCCGCCUCCGCACAUUCAGGUUACGUCGUGGAAGAAUGACGACAAACUACGUUCAAACAACAUGGAAGAGCUAGAGAGUCGCAAAAUCGUGAGUGGUAACUAGCCUAUCGUUUACCUGUUCACUUUUAUAUUGUCUUGGAAACACACAUCGUGUGACAUUUGUUUAUGGUCUUUAUAACCCUUUGUAUUGUAAGCAAAUGCUUAUAUUGUAGUCUUCUUUUACAACUAGGAAUUUGCUUUAAACGUAUUUCAAUGGAAUUUUGAUUAGUUUAUUUUAUUGUCAUUUAUAUUUUAUAGAAUUAUUGAAAUACUAAAUGAUUUUUCAAUUUAAAAAAAAUUACAAUUCCACCUGGAAAUUGUAAUACUGCAAAUUCAUAAUAGUCAUGAAAAUCAUCCGCAUAAUUUUAUUAUUAAUAUUGAAUAAAUUAUUAAAUGAAAAAUUGCACGCAGGCAGUGUACGUUUAGAUGUCUUUAUCACAAAAAAAAUAUUUUAUUGUUUAUAGUUUAAAUGAUAUCACAUUAUUCAGCACAAAAUUAAAUUUUAUUCAUAAUAGUUGUAGUUAAGUAUUUUAUUAUUGUUCGUAAUAUUUCCUUUAUUCUUGUUGGUGUUUAAUGAUGAAACUCUUUGUCUGAUCUUUAUUUUCUUUUUUUUAAUGUUACGUACGAUUUGUAUACUAUAUUGCUUUUGAUGUUAUAAAAAUAUUAUUAUAGGUUUAAUUUUUUUGAGCUAGUGACGUCUCAGAGCGUAUCAGUUCUUUGAAUGGUAAUAAUUUAUUUUGACAGUAAAAUUGUUAAAAAAAAAACUAAUAUAUAAAAUACACAGUGUUUCUUUAAAGAUCAUAUUCUGUGAUAAAGUUGGUAGGUGGUAGGUCUAUAGUAAUAGAGUGCGCGCAAGAAAAGUCUGCGCGCGACUAGACUACAAUAAUAGUGUAGUUGACUCAUAUCAAGUUUAAUAUAAACAAUAUUAAUUUGUAGUACAUGUAAUAUGUUAAGGAUUUCUUUUAAAACUUAAUUUGAAUAUUUUUCAAAUUUUCCAAACGUCAAAAACGCUGUCGUCCAUUUUGUGACGUCACUAACACACUAUCUAAUAUUUUUGUCACACGCUCCGUUUGUAAGUGAUUUAUUAUAGUGACAUCAUGAAACUGUUGAAAAUAGACCGUCAUGGCCGACAGGCGUUUUGGCUCGUAUUGUCAAAAACAUAUUUAUAUAAAAACUAAAAUUUUCUUGUAAUCAAGUCUCAAAAAAUAUGAAAAAAAAAAUGUUUUAAUCUAGUAGAACGAUACUGAACUAUUUAAGACUAUUAAAAAAAAGUGACAACUAGCCUAUUAUGUUGCCAACGUUAGUGAUAUCUCUUACCCUCCAAGAGAUAGAUAGAGAUAGACGACAACAUGGCGGCACUUUUGAUUAGUUCUGAUUUUGGCCACGCGCAAACUUAUCUUGCGCGCACUAUACUAUUAUACCUUUCAGCUGCAGCCUGCAGCGGCGAAAGGAUUCCUUAAGUUCGCAAGCCUUUGUUUAUAUUUGCAUAAUCCGCUGAUAUCUUUCAUCUACGAGUUCGUAGUAAUCUUUAUGACGUCACUAGCUCGUAUAUUUUUUACAAUUAUUUGUAAAGUUUCUUAUUCGUCCUAGUUACGCUAUAUUUAACCCUGGUUUACUGUUAUAAGUGCAUUAUAUACACCAAUAGAGGUGUAAUAGCGGUAGGUUUGAGCGGAGUCUUGACAUGGAUCUUUUAUAAGAAAGUAUUAUGUAAGUUAAGGAUUUCGAGUGUGCGUUUAUAUCUGACGUAAGUAGAUUAUAUAUAUAAAAAAAAAACUAAAUUUUCGAUUUGUAUUUAAAAGCCCAGCUUUCUAAAGCCCAGUUAUUAUCAUAAAACAUGUAUUUAUAUUUAAAUUUUAGAAUGUUAAGAAUUGAUUUUCAUUACCAUUCUUAUUAGAUUCUAUUUCAAACAAGUAAGAUGAUUAGUGUAUCAAGUUGUACAAUAAUGUUGAUCGCACAUUACAGUCGGCAAUAUAGCUUGGCAACUUCGUUCGUAAUACUUCCAACGGGCCACGCGGGCCGGGGGCGUGUAGCGAUGAAUGAAAAACCGACGACAGAAGCACCGCACUUACCCGCACGCACGAUUACACACCCGCGCAGUCUUUCCCCCCGUCGCCCGCAUAUUAUGGGUGUGUCAUCAACGAACUUGCCAGACUAUAGUUGUAUCUUAAAAAUAUUAACAUUUAUAAUUCGAAUUCUGGGAUGAUAAAGAAAUAAUCAUCAACAAUACAAAGCUGUGUUGAAAAAUGCUUUGUAUGCUGCUGCGGAGCCAUUACUAGAUCAAUUGUGUCAUGAUCUAGGAGUAUGUUAUAAUAUUUUCAGUAUUUCAUACAAAUGAAGUUAAUAUUUAAAUAAAUGUUUAGAUUAACUACACAUAAUAUAAUACAUGGGUUUUGUUAAACACCCCCUUGAAAUUGAUCACAUCUUCUUGGACUAUCGAAUGUAAUGUGCGAUUAACUUUAUUAGUUUGAGAUGAAGUUUCUUAUAAUUUGUUUUAAAUUAAGAAAGCGAUUAUUUAAAGCACCAUAUUGGUUAUGUGCUUGUUAUUUGAAUUACAUACAAAGCUUCGUUUGUCAUUUGCAUUCUUUCUACAUGUCAAACGUAAGAGAGAAAAUGUGUCGCUUACGACGCCUGGCUAAAUAUACAUUUAUAUAUUUUUUUUUUGGUAAAAAAAUGAGCAUUUAAAAUUAGUGGUAUUCGAUAAAAUUAAUGUACUAACAAAAAGCAAUCGCCAUGUCUUGUCUUGUAAAGUUAUAGAGAGGAUAGUAUCGUAUAUGAAGACUGCAAGUUUUUAACAUUGUAUAGGCGUAGUGUAGAUGCGUGUAAGAGGUAAGGGCCGGUAGCCAUGUGGCACGUCGAUUCUCUUUCUACAAACGCUAACGCUUCGAAAACUAAAAAAAAUGUAUGGUGAUGACAGAUCGAUCGGUAGCUUGGUCACGUGACCAUUUGCGAUUGUACGAUGCGUUUGCGAUCGUAGAUAGACAAUCGACGUGCCCGAUGGUUACAUGCCAAGGUUUGAUACUCCUAGGAACAUAAACUCCCGUAUGGGACACGCUUUUUCGAAAUUUGACGAUUUUUAUUUAGAUUGUAAAAGUUAUUAAUUAUGUCUUACUUGAAAACUUUAAAGGGGCUGACUUACAAAUAUUUAAAAAUAAUGGUAUCAUGUCUAAAAUAUUUAAAUUUUUUUUUAAAUCUAGUCUCAACACAUUUACAUAUUUGCUUAUGUAGUGUCUAUGAAAGAUGUGAUGUUACACUAAAGAGACUAAAAAUGAUAUCUUGCGUUUAUACAUAGACAAUCCAGAAACGAAUUGUAUGUAUGUGUUGAGGUUAGGUCAGAUAAAACAGUUCAAACAUAUGCGGAAUGUUAGAAUUCAAAUAAAUUUUCACGCAAGUUUCCUAAGUAAGUCGCAUAGCAUUAUUGUUUAAAUUUUUUACAUUUUUAUUUUUUGAAUUCGGUAAUUUUGCGUUUUUUACAAGUUGACUAUAGUCAGGCAGUGACAUUUGGACGAGAAAAAUUUUGUUUGUGCGUAGAUGGAUCUUGUCUAUGAUCGACUUGUACGAAACUGUAAAAUACUAAAGUAUUAUUUGGGCAUCUGUUUGACUCGAUUAGGGUGCAUUUAAAUUAGCCGCAUAUUAAUUGGUCGGAUACUACGAUUCAAUUGUAAGAUAGGUAAUAUUGAUUUGACUAAAACUAUUGAUACUAUUUAUUAGUACCUACUAUCUUAUAAUGUAGGCAGAUUAUAAGCAAAAAGAUAGAAUACAACAGUACUCUGAAGUACUCAAAGAUUGAACUACUAACCAGAUUUCGCUUAUAUCAGAAUAAAAAAUAAAAAAAACAAUUGAAUAAUAAUUUGUUUUAAUGUAAAAACUGGACAAAAAAUCUCACUAAUCCGGAUAGAGGAUGCCGUAUUAUUGGACGUAUAAGUAUAUUGAAGUGCUGGAUUAUGGCAGGCAUCCACAAAUGCGCAUCGCAACAAACGGAUUGUAGAGUGCGCGCAAGAUAAGUCUGCGCGCGACUGGCGCCGCAAUUAUGUUGCCAGCGUUAGUGAUCUCUUUUACCUGCCAAGAGAUAAUUAGAGAUAGAAUACAAGAUGGCAGCACUUUUGAUUAGUUCUGAUUUUGGCCACGCGCAAACUUAUCUUGCGCGCACUUAUAGCAUUCUUUGUAUUGAAAGUCAUUCAAGUGCGUCCACUGAUCCGCUUCGUAGGGAUCGCAUUGAACUGAUUUUAUCUACAGUAAAAUUAAAAUUCCAUGCGGACAUGUACACGCCUACGUUUAGUCAGAUUUUAGCGAGAUACUAAUGUAAUGGAAUAUUUUCAAGCCAUUUGAGACUUUGAUUUUCAUACAGGUCUCUGCUGCAAAAAAUAUACUCGUCAGUUACAGCAGUUUACAUAUACACGAAUACAUACAUUCGUUACAGAAAUAUCAUAAGCAAGUAUAAAUAUAUCGAUAGUCAUCAUAUUAGUAUCAAUACUCGAUAAAUCGAUAGUAUCCGAACACUGAUUCACACAAUUGCGGCGAAUUUAAAUGUUUUAUACAAUCACUAUGUAGAGCUUUAAAUUAUACAAUUCGGUUUUAUUGCUAUCACAUAAUAUUACAUUAUUAAUUAAAAAUAUUUUAAUUACAUGUAUUCACAACUCGAUUAUUAUUUAUAUUAUAUAAUAUCAUCACAUAUAAAAUCGGCUUCAUAAGUUCGUUAGUGCAAUAAUUAGGCAAAGCCUACGUUUUUUAUACAUUUAGCACUGUAAUAUUCUAAAUUGUAAAGCGUAAUGUAUGUAUAAUAAUAUAAUAAUAUCUAGUUUAUGAGGUUGUACUUGGAUAAGAUAUAUUUCAUCUCUUUUAUGAAUCUAACUGAACUGUGUAGGCAUCACGUUUUUUUAUGUUUUUCUUUAUUAUAUGUUUGUGUGCACUUUACUGCAUAAUAUUGACAUUGUAAUGAUUUUGUCUUGAGGUAUUUUUAUAGGCAUGAGAAUUGUUAGUUUAGAAAAGUGUAUCGCAAAGCGUUAUUGCUGGAUGUAUGUUGUGGUAAUAUUAUAUGAUUUUGGUUUCAUUUGUUUGUGAAUGUUUCUGAUUCACAUUCUGAAAUUGCAUAAAUUAUACAUUUUUAACAAAAAGAAAAUUUUAUAUGACGUCUUUAGUUUCACUGGCAUUGGUCAUAAUUUCUACCUCUUGUAACCGUUAUUAAAAAAGGUGUUUUGUAAUUUUAAUUUGAGUGUUUUCCCCAUAAUACUGAAAUAAAUAAAUGACACAGGUCACUUAAAUUAUAUUUACUAUACCCCAAUGCACAAAUAAACUUUUUCAAAACUUGUCUGGCAUAUAGCGACAAAUUCUCGUGAGCCGAGCCAUGCCUGUUUCAGUACUAAGGUUAGUAAAGUUUGAUUACUUCUUACUUAUUAUAGUUACAACAAAUCAAUUAAAAAAUUUAUAAAUUCCAUGAGCAUACAUCUAGUUUAUACGCAUUUGCGGAUUACAGACGGACUUGCAAGUAUGAGGCGCGCUCACAUAAAACUAAUCCAUCGCUGCCUCAUGCAAACGUGUAAUGAGCAGUGGCGUAGCUUGCCUAUGAGGGGUCCUGUAUCAAAAUAGUUAGGGGGGAGGGGGGCAAUAGACGAGCGACAAAUCCCGAAUUUAGUUUUUUUUUUCUCCGAGAAGCACCAGAUGUAGAGAGAUUGUUAAUCAAAUCUUUGCUUUCACACUUACGGGGCCCCGCUAGCUACGCCCCUGGUAAUGAGGCUAUAUCGUUAUAUUCGGAAACUCUUUAACAAAACAUUGUAGCAUUAAGUUCAACAAUCAUGAACAGUGUCCUCGAAGUAUUAUAUCGACCGCAUGAAUCUCUCUCUGUAUUAGAAUUAAGCUUUCUAGUCAAAAAUUGAUAUCAUAUUUCUUAAUAAAUUCGGUCCUAUUGGCAUGAGUAACUAUUGGAAUUAGUAAUUUAAUAUGGUUGAACAUAUCAUGUGACGCAAGAGCCACUGUUUUGAGGGAAUUUAAUAUUUUUGAUCUCACUUCUGUAUCACAUUUAAAUUUAGAAAAAGUUUGGAAAAUCCAAAAGUGCUAAUAACCUCGCGUUUAUUUAACAAUAACAAUGGAAUUACGUCGGAUUUAUCCGUGAAAUUAAAUAAGGUUGUAUCCCUAAUUAUAUUAAAGCGAAAGAAAAAACUUAUUAGGUAAAGUCUUUCUGUCGGUUCGGUACAUACAGCCACGGACUUCGGAGUUUUUUUAAUUAGUUGAUAUAACAGAAAUUACAUUAAAUUAUGAGCUAGUGAGGUCAAAAGUAAUUAAUUGAAAGUAACAUCACUAUUGUCUAUUUUUAUCACAUAUAUUUUUUAAUGUCUCAGAUUUACUUUGUAUUGUUUCUUUUGUAUUUUGCUGCAAUACAGAUUUACAAUCUUAUUUGACGAUAAUGUUUUAGACUUAGACCAUUUUAUUACAAGUAAAACAAUAAAAUUGGAAUAAUUUCAUUUUAUUAUUGGACUAUGACUUUUCGUUACACACUAUAUUAUUCCAAUUAAUAUGAUUACAAUAUAUCCUGUAUUGUUACUCUAUUCUCAUUUAUUGAAUUGUAUCCAAUGAAUAAUUGAUAUAUUUUACUAUUUUCUGUGAAAAGUCGACGAAUCCCUCAAAAAAUACCUUUAGUGUUCAUUUACACGAUUGGCAGGUGCUAGCAACGACUGCAGUCAGCGACGUCUCGGUGGCGGUCGCCAAAUGCAGUCGACUGCGGUCGUCGGCAGAGUUGCCGCUUGUGUUUGUUUGUAAAUGAACCUUACGAGUGUUGCAUCCUACAGAAGCAUCCUUAGAUUUUGAUUCUACAACAUUAAUUUACAUUUAUAGCUAAUGUUUUGUCAGGUUUUUUGAGUGGUGUCCUAUAUACUGUCUUGUAUUUGUCGGUUUUCGCUGAGACUAGCAAAAUAAAUUGAUUCAUUCAAAAUGAGAGCACCAUACUUGUAGAAAGUAAGAAACAAAUUAUUUGGCCUUUCAUUAAAAAAAAAAUCAUAGAAUUAGAAGAUAUUAUAAAUAGAAAUAGAUAUGUAAACACUAAUUUGCAAUAAGCAGUAAAAUUUCCUCUGGCAUUUAUUAUUAUUUCCUUUAAUGUACUAUUAAUACUUUAUAAACAUAUGACAUAGACAUUAUAUAAUAAAAUCAUAUUACUGUAAAUGUUAUUGCUUAUACAUUAUGUAUGUUUUUCUGCAAUGGAUGACUUUUGUUAACGUACUUUUUGUUUAUUUAAUCUGGAAGAGAAAUCUUUGAAUAGUAAAAAAAACAUCUUUCGUGAUAUUUGUUCAUUUCUCAUUUGUAACAAUAUCGGAAUUAAAGUUUUUCAAGAGUGAACUUUCAUAUCAAGUUUAAAAUAAAAUUAAAAAAUAAUUGAUUUUAUAUUUCUAAAUUACUCUAUCGCUAAUGAUACGUUUUACUAAAAUAUCCAUAAAAAACUCAAAUGCCCUUGGUCAAUGUGAUCAUAGAAUUUUAGGUUUUGACUUUUAAAACAAUGGAUAUAACAAUAUAAAAGUUCGCUUUUGAGUAAAAGUUUUAUACUUUUAAACAUUUUUGUUCUUUUAAUAAAAUGAAUGUCUUCCAGAAUAGUUAUAUUUGUUCUGUCAUAGUACGAUUUCAAUUAUUUAGUAUAAUAUAAUAAAAAAAUAAAUAUUUAUUCCGUUCGCCGAUAACUUUUGUAAAAUUCAUCAGCAUAUUGUUUUUUUUUUUUAAUAUUUUCAUAAUAAUGUUGCAAUCAAGAGUCUGUGAUAAAUAUCUUUCAAAACUAACUUCGAUACAGUUUCUCGUUUGGUUAUCUAGAUGUUUUUAUGUACUUCAAAAUUUUAAAGUUUUGCCUUGCCAUUAUUUUUAUUGUUUGCUGAUAUUCUUUAUUAUCUGUAAAAAUAAUGAUAUAGCGGAGCAAGAAUUGCAUUAGAAUAAAUGAAGUGAUGCAA